AUGAGAAACCGCUCGAGCUACGUCCCAAAACUGCCGCUGAGCCCGUCGGUGCUCGAGCCUGCCAGCUCGCCGGAGAAGUCGACGAAGAGCGGGCGAAACAGCGUUGGCUCGUCCAGCCAAUGCUCACCGGUCAAGUCUCACCGCACCAACAACACCUUGUCGCCGGAUUAUUCGCUCCCCGACAUCUAUGCCAACUCGCGUGAGAUUUCCAUGGAAUAUCUGGCCGACCUCGUCCGCGAGAAGAAACAACUCGACAUGCUGCCGGCCGUGUUCCGCAACGUUGAUCGCCUCCUUGAAGAUGAAAUCGCUCGUGUGCGCACGCACAUCUUCCAUUCGGAGUUCGAGACCGAGUCGAUCAAGUUGCCCGAGCCGGUCGGAGAAGUGGUCUCGGUUGUCAAGAAGCUCUACGUACCGACGGACCAAUUUCCAGAGUACAACUUUGUUGGCCGUAUCCUUGGCCCGCGCGGGAUGACAGCCAAGCAGCUGGAACAAGAAACUGGCUGCAAGAUCAUGGUGCGCGGACGGGGCUCAAUGCGCGAUCGCCGUCGUGAGGAAGAAUACCGCGGCAAGCCGAACUGGGAGCACCUGGAAGACGAGCUGCACGUGCUCGUUCAAUGCGACGACACGAAGGAGCGAGCCCAGGUCAAGCUCGACAAUGCCAUCCGCAACGUGCGCAAGCUGCUGACCCCGCAGCCGGAGGGCGCCGACGAGCUGAAGCGCAAGCAGUUGAUGGAGCUGGCCAUAUUGAACGGCACCUUCAAGCCGCACAAAAAUGCUCACGCUCUGCCACGUCUCAGCCCGGCCUAUCCGAUCACGCCGCUGCGCCCGCUCAUCAUGUCGCCCCAUUCGACGUCAAGCCCCGGCAACCUGGCGCUUCCCUCACCGGGCGCCUUCAAGUCGCCCGUCGAUUACAAAUUGAGCCCUUCCGUCUACGACGCCUUCACGUUCCCGCCGUCGCCAGGAUUCCCGGGACAGCAUUCCGGCCAUCUUCCUCCACUCACCCCGGUCAGCGCCAUCCCGUACUUCAACGCGGCCGCUCUGCACAACGGCCAGUUCUUCCACGACUCGCACUUUACCGGAAACCAAUCUCAUCGCUUCCACUCGGCCCUCUGCUUGACGGCUGCGCGAAUGGAUUUUGAAGCGGAACAGGACGGCUACGGGCACAAUUUGCGCGGCGCCACCAGCGAUGCGAAGGUGGUGAUCAAGGAAGAGAGCCUCUCUACAUCGGGAUCUGGCGAAUCGACUGGGGCUUCGUAUGACGAAUCCGGCCACCCUUCGACUCCCGAAGCUGACACCUCGCCCUCGUCUUCCAUCGACAUCUCGCCAUGGCGUACCAGUGGUUCCGUCGAUAUGACCCUCCUCAGCGACGAUCUGCCGUCCUCGAACGCCGAUCCCUCGCCGCAGCCGCAGGCGACCACCGAGAAGAACUCUCACUCUGCCGAGCCG